AUGUCUUUGAAUACUACUGAAAACAACAGAACACCUCCAAUAAAUGCUUUGGAUAUUAUGGUCGAUGAUGGAACCGACAAUACAACAAGAAAGAUUGAAGUUCUCUAUAAUGAUGACCGAAGCUUUACUCAUUUUCAAUUUCAAUUUUAUCUGAAUGACACGGCAAUUGACGUUGUUGUCAUGUACAUAUGUGUAGUAAUUUUUUUCUUGGGGAUCAUCGGAAAUAUUGUCACCAUGGCUAAAAUCAUAUGUGAUUCCAAAUACCAUACACCGACAUUUGCCGCCAUUGGAUACCUGGCACUACCAGACUUCUUUUCUGUUAUAUCUUACAGUGGUUUUUAUUUCACAAAUGUCUUGUUUAUUCGUAAACUAUCAAAAUAUUUUAUUCUCUUUGAUAACUUGUUAUAUUUUAGUUCUUCUGGUCAUAUGUUACUACUUUCUUUUGUAAGAUAUUUAAUCACUGUUCAUCCAUUACAGAGUAGACAGCAUUUAACAGUACUAGCAGUGUCUUUUUGUUCACUUUCAGUGUGGGUUUUAAGCGCGCUAAAUGUAUGUGUAUUUUAUUACACUUUUAUUUACAUGUCCCUAAAGUUUAAAUUUUGGUUUCAAAUAAGUGUUAAUAUAAUCGUUGUAUUAUUUUUUUGUGCUAUCACAAUUACGUUGCAUGCUCGUAAAAUAAAAAAAAUAAAGAACUCUUUGUCAGUAACAAGACAGUCACAAACCAGAAUGAAUGUAGUUGUCACCGUAAUAGCCAUGAUUUUUGUGCUAUUGCACAUUUUCAUUAUCACAAAAACAGUUUUAGAGAUUUUGUUUAACGUUACAAGAUUUAUUUUUAUAACAUUUCGACAAUGUAUGGUACUGACGGGAUUUUUGAACUAUUCUUGCAACCCGUACAUCUUUUUCAUUUCAUUUACUUUACUUUCGCGUUUCAGAAAAAAAAUCUAA